GCGCGCUCGCGGGGGCAUUCCGUAAAUUUUGCUGACGAUGCAAUCAAAGCGCAACGCCGUACAAUAGCGUUGAACGCGAGCCGCAGCAUAUAUGACAGCUUGAGCGCCACGAAUUCCCGUCGAACGGGUUUCGUCUGUUUUUCUUUCAGCUUUUUUUCACAUCAAGGAAUUUCUCGCGAACGCUCGUGCGACAAAAUCUGGCACACAAAGAAGCGAGCUUUUCUGAGAACAUUCUGGGAGAUCGCAGUCGAUCACGAGCGCGACUCGGUUCGACGCAGUCCUCGCGGAAAACAACAUAUGCGACAGCUCUCCUCGAGAUCGUUUCUCGGCGACGUUAGAAAGACAGACAGCAACAACAAAAUGUCUCGUCGGGAAAAUCGACGAUCCGAAGUGUCGAUAUCGUGAGAAAAACUGACGUGCCUGCCGCGUCGAGAAUUACGCGAGCUGCAAUUCACUUUCCGUCUGCCAUGCCCGGAUUCUCCUUUUUCGCCCCGCGGAAGUCCCGUUUGAUAAAUCGAGAAUUCUCAUCGCCUCGUCGCGUAAUAUCGCGCUUUGUAUCUCGUCCGUCGAUAAGCGCUUUUUCAGUUUGCUGCAUCGAAUCGAUUGCUCGGCGUGAAACAAAACGGGGGCGAUUGCUUGUAUAUUUUCGUCGUGCAUUAAUUACCGCACGCUAUCCAUCUUCGCGGACGGCGAACGCGAUUACCGAUCACAAAACAUCGUGUCAUUACGAAUAAGUGCGACGAACGGGAUGAUUUGCAUGAGAGCUCGCGUGUUCCGGAUUCUUCCGAUUGAAUGAUCGUACGGAUGAAAUAUCGUACAUUUCACACAGGCGCGUCUCGCUAAUGCGUUGAGACAUAUGUUGCAAUUGUGUAUACAUGAUCCAUUUUGUGUGCACAGUACUAGUUUUUCUCUCACGCGUGACGAACUUUCUUAUGCAUUUUAAUUAUGAUAACGCGAAAUCAGAUCUGGUUUUUCUCAUGUGCAUCCUUUUUUCCCCCCUCAGCCGAAUCGAUCGGCCGAAUCGCGGAUGUGGUUUCAAUGUCGAAUGUAAAAGUUUAAGCAGGCGAUAUGCGACCUCAGAUACUGACAGGCUGUGUCAUUUUAAGGCUUCACCAAUACAGCAACAUGGCUACUUACGGCUAUGAUGCAAAACUUGAUGAUACACACCGCGGGAAUCACGUGAAACAAGGGAGCCAGCCCAUCAUGCAAGACGUCCCAUGAAUGCAUUUCUAAUUUUUUGUAAGAGACAUCGUGGCUCAGUGCGUUCUGGCUUUCCACAUUUAGAAAAUAGGGCAGUCACCAGGGUCUUGGGUGAGUGGUGGGCAACCCUUCAUCCUGAUCAGAAGCGUUCCUAUACAAAUCUUGCACAGGAAUACAAGGAUGCAUUCUUAAAUGCAAAUCCCGACUUCAAGUGGUACAAAUUACCAGCACCUCCACUACGUACUUUAAAUACUAGGCCUACAAACAAGAAGCAGGAAUCAAGUGGUGGUGCACAGCCCACAGAUAGUGUCAAAUCUGAAUAUGAGUCUUCCGAUUGUACAAAGACAGAUAGACGGGACGGACAAUCAAUUCAACCAGGCAAAUUAGCGGAUGAAUCGCAGAUUGGUGGACUCAGCUCUCUCUUCACUCCUCAGAAGACAGAGACAUCCGAGGAACAGGGAACAGUUAAUGGUAUCGUUACAGAAAUUGACGCUGUUCCAAAGCCACCUAAAAAACGAUAUACGGAAUCACCUUUCCAAGAUAAUCAGAAAAGGGACUUUAAGAUAGACCUCUUUGGUGAAAAGAAAAGGAAACAGGCUGAGUCUAACAACAACGAACAACAUGAAACGAUCAUAGAGGAUGAGAAAAAUGCAAUAAAUUCCUUUGUGACACAACCGGAGGAGAACUUUCGCAGUGAGAGAACGUGUAAAGGCUUACGUUAUCAGAAGUUCCUUGCUGAACAAAUGAAAAAUAUUGGACCGUCUGGCCAACAAACCAAACGAAGACGACCAGCGGGAAAUAAUGGACCUGAUGAACGCCCAACCGAAAGAAGGAAUUCCAUUUCUUCAAAUGUCAGUGAAAAGACAGAUUCCUUGAGCAGUGAAGGAGGAAACAGUUCUCGUGGAGAAUUGGAACAUCUUGUGGAGAGUGCUGAAGGAAACAUGGAAGCUUCCAAGCCUGAGGACACAGAAACUGAAGGAGCAGAAAAUGAAGUAGAUUACGGACCUUGGACGGCUCGUAAAAGAUUUCGAGCAGAGGACUUCAAUCUGGAAAAGAAGAUCGAAGCACUACCAUCUUUAAGUUUAGAGGAAUUUCAAGAAAAGAAAAAGCAACAACGUACGAAGAAAAAGAAAAUUCUACAAAAGCAUAACUCUUCAACAAGUAAGAGGCAUCAGAAUAAUCCGUCUUCUAAUAGUCAGACUCGAAGAAUGAAUACGGCAAACGAAUAUUACGAGGAAUCAGAAAAAGCCCUGGUUGGAAGUCAGAAACGAAAAGCACGAAAGCAGAGCAUUACAAGAAACGCUGCGGCAAUGAAUUCCAGUAAGCAUUCUGAGGAUCAAGAACCAAAUAAAUCUUGGUGCGCACCUCCAGAUCUUGAAGCUCUAGAGUGUCUCGCUACAGUUGCCGCCAACAGAACAAAACUUACCAAAAAUAAUGCUUAAUUGUGUUACCCAUCAAUGAGUAGCGAAUUAUGGUUACGUAAGGUCGCACUAUUAAACCAAAACUUUAUUAAGUUUUCUCCAUACACAAUUUCCUACUUCACCGGGAUUAGAAAAUAUUUCUCCAAGUGCUGUUAUGAACGAUACUGUUAUGGUAUCAAUAACGUAAUGAUUAUUGUUAAUAUCUUUAUUGUUAAUCUCUUUAUUAUUACGAAUAUUAAUAUUAUGACUGCUAUCGACUAUAGACUAUUCCAUUAUAUUUCAGUAUAUGAGAGAGGUAUUUUUUUUUAAAUUGGAAUGUGUUCUACCAACACAAAAUAGGAAGAUAAAAAUGAUCUUUUUCCUUUGAUUUAUUCCAAACACAAUUUGGAAAAGCAUAUAAUGUUAUUUUUGUUUAAUUGUGCAUAAAAUAGUUGAGUUAGCUAGUACAUAAUUAAUUAAAAUGCAAGUAGUAAAUAUUUUAUCACGCGUUACUAAGUUUUGUCAACAACAUUUCGAAUUAUCAGUACUUUUCUCUGUUAGAUUUAUCUAAAUUUAUUUUAUUGAAGUUUUCAUAAGAUUUUAUGAAUCAGAGCCAACAAUGAGCUUGAUUAGAUAACGCAAAGCUAUGACGUCUAUGUGAAGAUAGGUUGAAUCGAAGAAAUAAGACACAGUAUGAACAGACAAAAACUUGUAUAUUGUUCUAUACUUUUUUAAUGGAAUAUUUACAUCUUAAUUCCUUAACUCGUUACUUUUCUUUCACGAAGCUGUGUGCGCGAAUUGGCAUGAGUUAGUGAUUCCAUUGUAUCGAUUUGCCGGAAAUCAUAAAUGCAACCUGCGAAAUUUGAGGUGAAUCUAUUUUUCGAUAUCCGAGAUGCGAAAAUAUCUUUUACCUUGUAUUCUAUUUUAUAUUCUACCGGCAUUCGAUGUACAUAGGUAUAGGUGCAGUAUUAUAUAAAAGUACGAAAUGGAAUAUCCUUCACGAUACGACCUGAUCAUCAAAAAGGAUAUAAUCAAAAUAUGGAUAUAUAUAUACAUAUGCGACCACUGUUUACAUGUUUCACACAUGCAUACACGCGAUAAACGAGCGCUUACAUAUGUCAGUUUAAAUGUGUAUAGAUUUUUUCGGGUGUGUACAGAGAAGUGUAUGUUGAAAUGCAUAUGUAUCUCUCCGUGUAUGCAUGUAAUAGAGUGAUAAGACUAUUUACAUAUAUAAAUGUAUAUUUAUAAUAUUUAUAUCAACUAUAUAUCUUAUUAUAUUUAGCGUUAAGACCACGAAAGGAUGCGACUUUGUGCUCUGUUUGAGAAAGUAAGAGACUUGUCUGUGAUUUCGGCUAAAGGAGUUUUUAAUAUUUUAUAUUUUUCUAUUGAUUUUCUUUCUUCCUUUUCUCUCGUUUUCUCUACUUUUCUCUCUAUAAAUAUAUAUAUAUAUAGAACUCUCUAUUUUUCUCCUUUUAUCUUUCUAUAUAUGUAUAUAAAACUCUGUAACUUGAUUAACGAUUUAACUUUGUAAACUGUUUGUAAAGUGAUAGGAACGAGUAUCUAACGUUAAUAGGUUUCUCCGUAGUUUGCAAAGGAAUGUACUGAUUAUAUUUCAAAUGUGCCUUGAAGAGAUAUGAACAUAAUAAUUAAAUAACCGACCAACAA